AUGCCUGCAGUGUGUUCAGCGUUCAACUGCACAAAUCGCAGCGAUAAAACAACAAAUAUUUCAUAUUAUAAAUUUCCUUUAAAAGAUAAGGAAAUUACAAAAAGAUGGGUUAUAAAUAUGAAGCGAGAAAACUGGUUUCCUACUACAGCCAGUUACCUCUGUUCAGCUCAUUUUGAAGAGAAAUAUAUGUACCACACAAAUGUCCAGAGGCGCCUUUUGUCAAAAGCAGGACAUACUAUCUUUAACUUUCCACCACAUUUACAAAAGCAAGAUAAAGUAUUACGACCACAACCCAGAAAGCGAUCUUUCGACAAUUUGCAAGAUAGUGCUGUUACAGUGACAUCAUUAGCACAAAUCCCUGUCGGACCCACAUCUGUUUCUGCUGACCACAAUUACUGUCUACCAAGCCCUAAGAAGUUGAAAACACAAUAUAACAGAGUACAAGCAGAGAAUGUGCGACUAAAGAAGCGGAUAAAGCAAAUGAAGCAACUUAGUGUACGACACAAAAGAAGAAUAGUGCAGUUACAGAGUUUAGUUGCUGGUUUGAGAAGAAGGCUAUGUAGUUCAGUUUCUGAUAUGUUAAACAGUGAACAUGUAGUUGGUUUGUUGAAGGAGCUAUUGGAACUUCAGUGCAGUGCUAAAGUAAGCCAUUAUUCUCAGCAAAUAAGGAAAUUUGCCCUGACCCUACACUUUUAUUCUGCCAAGGCAUAG